UUGUGCGGCAGCGGCAGCAGCAGCAGCAGCAACACGGGCGCAUCGCUAGCGUCCUACGUCCUUAGUCGCAGCGAGAUGCUCCUUGUGGUGUGAUCGGUCGAAACCCUGAACGGACGGUAGCGCUUCGAGAUACGCGAGAUCGCAGAGAUCGCGGAUCAUCAAUCGAUAACCGAUAAAACGGGGACUUUCGGAACGGUCCAAGUGGCAAAAAAAAAGGCAGAUCGCAGUGUGUGCGCCUGGGGAGUGUAGUGACCUGACAGACUGUCCGGGAUUGACAGACAAACGGAACAAACGGUGCUCACGUGGUCUCGCGCGGUGCGGAAGAGUGAAGCAAUCGACACACGACACAACACAAAAUGGCCGUUUCGGGUGUAUCGAAGGGUAGGAAUGGUGCAGUUAGUGAACCUUCCUCGUCCUCUUCUUCCUCCAUCUCGUCACCAUCGGUAGUGAGCAGUAGUGCUGUAGUGGCAGUGACAGCAUCCUCGACUGUCUCGACCGAGACCAUGACUACUGCGAUAUCUUCGUCGUCGUCGAGCGGAACAGUCACCGGUGAACAGCAGCAGCAGCAGCAGCAGCAGCAGAUGUCGUCUUCAUCAUCGUCAUCGUCGUCCGUGGUUAACGAUCCGAGCAAGAUGGAGCCGGCGAGCCACGGCGAGCCAAAGGAAGCGGAACAGAGCGACGGUGCGGAGCUAGUACCGGGUGGAACCAGCAACCUACACCAGCAACAGCAACAGCAGCAUGCAGCGGAAGUGACCGACAUGAUCGUUACAUCGGAGCUACAUACCACGACCACCACCAGUGCCACCACCUCCAUCAGUACCGCAAACGAACGGACAUCGCCUGGCCAGCAGCAACAGCAGCAGCAGACGGCCGUGAUCAUCAACCAGCAUAAACAGCGCAUGAUUACGACGACUGGACAGAUCAGAGAGAUCGGUGAGGGUCAGGAACCGGUGAACGAGUCUGCGGAGUAUGAUGCGGUCGAGUACCAUCAGGGUGCCGGUGUAGAACAUGCGCAGCACGCGUACACCUACGAGCAGGUCAGUCAGCAGCAACAGCAGCAACAAGAGCAACCGGGCACGGUGGUCAGCACGAGCGCCAGUACGUCGAUCAUGCCGGCACACGUCCAUCUGGUGAAGCGUGAAGCGCUGGUAAGUGAAAAGGAAGCGGAAGGGGGGCUGGUGGUAGCGGCUGGAAGCAACGGAGCACCGGAACCAUCUCCAACCACCGUCAUCCCGCUCCACCAGACGCAAACCAUCUACCUGGAGUACAAGAACGAAGCGAGCGAAGAAGCGGUCCGGUACGUGAACCGCUACGAGGACGUCAAGUAUCAUCCGCAUCCGCGCUACAUCUACCAGCAACCGCAUCCGACCGCUCUGCCCGGACUACCGGCGAGUCUGCACGCUUCCGCUGGCCAUCCGCACGUAUCGCAUCAUCCGGCUGGACCACCGCCACCACCCCCGACGUCACACCAUCCCGGACAUCCGCAUGGUGGCCAUUCGGCGCAUCUGCACGCACACCAUGGCCACGCCGGUAUGGGACCACCACCGGGGCAUCAUCAUCAGCAUCAACAUCAUCAUCUGCAGCAGGCCCAUCAUGGCCAGUCCCAACAGACGGUGCAACAGUCGAUCGAGGUGCUUCCGCAGCAUUCGUCUGCGGCGGUGGCCACUCAAUCCGGGACAACGAUUCAGGUACAAUCGCAAGGACCACACCAGACGAUCCAGGUGUACGAGACGCACGAAGGCGCGGGGGAACAACAUGUCCAGCACGUCACGGAAGGAACGGUCGAUGCGAAGGCAUCGCACUACACCAACCUGGAACCGGUGCUGUCCUCAUCGCAGAACUACUACAUCACGUCCGAUGGGUAUACGGCGGCGGCGGCAGCGGCUGCAGCUGCUACCGGGAACUACACUACCUUCUUGCCACAGAAGGAAGCCAUCUACUACCAUCCCGGUAGUCCGAACACGGUACUGUACAAGAGUGAUCCAACGCUCACGUCAUCGUCGAUCGUGACGAAGCAGAUCCACUACACACCACCGAUCGGUGCCGGGCAGAAUAUCUACGAUGGUGCGGGUACGCACACCAGCAGCUCACCGUCCGGUACGCAGCAGAUCUACUCCGGUUACUGGAACACUAGCGCCGGUGUUGACUAUAAUCCGAACUCGACCUCGACGAUCGUGAUGGAUAAUGCGGGUGGGAAUUUCGGUGAGUACGUCAGCAGCAAUGGGCAGCACUGGCAGAUCAGCUCGCUGAACGAUGCGUACGAGACGCAGCUGGCCCCGCCGGCCGAGCACCGGGAGUGCGUCAACUGUGGCAGCUCCGAUACGCCCCUGUGGCGGCGCGAUGUCGUCGGCCACACGCUCUGCAAUGCUUGUGCGCUCUAUACGCGGCAAAACCCUGGCACCAACCGGCCACCGACACGAUCGCACAAAGCCAAACAGACGGUGCAAAAGGCACCACCGGCCCAGGGCAACCGACGUUCCGGUGUAACGUGCGCCAACUGCAACACAACAACGACGACACUGUGGCGCCGGAACAACCAGGGUGAUCCGGUGUGCAACGCCUGCGGACUCUACUUCAAGCUGCACAACGUCAACCGGCCGCUCACGAUGAAGAAGGAUGGCAUUCAGACGCGAAAACGCAAACCAAAGUCUAGUCAAUCGAUGGCCCCGCCGAUGAACGGACUCAACACCGCGAAACUGCUUCCCUCGAUGAUAACGCCCCAGUAUCACACGCUCACGACGGAACCGAAGUUGUUGAGUGCAGGAACGGCGUCACAUCUGGGCACUUCGCAACCGAUGGAGCUUGGCAACUCUCCCAGCCAUGAUCCACGGUACGUAACCAGUGGCGGUUCACCCGGUGGCAAUGGAGCUGCUGGUGGCAAUGGAGGCAGCGGCAACCUAUCGCCCCAUCAUCUGGUGAACCAAGUGCCAGUGGGGAACAACGGUGGACUCCGCCACAUAGCGACUUCCCAAGUGUCAUCGAUGGAUGCCGCCCGAGGAGCGAAUGGAGAGAUUACCAGUGUCAUCACGAGUACCGCCGUGGCCGAACGUUCCAGUAAUUAGUCAAACCUUCCCCAACCCCCCAAAAUAGGACCAAAUGUUGCGUGUAUGUGUGCAUAUAUUUGUAUGUGUGUGCGAGUGUUUUAAUGUGCCAAUAGAAGAGAGAGAGAGAGAGAGAGAGAGAGAGAGAGAGAGAGAGAGAGAGAGUAAGAAAGAAGCGAGUGAAGUGAUCGGUCACGAUCGUUUCACGUGUUUGUACCAAAUAUGUCCAGAGAAGAUAGUUCUGUAAGCGCUGGUGGAUGGAAGGUGUUCCGUUCCUAGGAGGUGUGGGAGCCAGAAUCGGCACGGCACGCCGGAGUCAUCACGAGGAAAAGUGCCGUGCGGAGGGAAACCACACGGGACCCACGAGGAAAUAAAAUGUGGAAAGUAUGUUUCUGAAAAACA